UUAAGUUUGUAAACGAUUAGGCCUAUAAUAAACAGGUAGAGGAAAUAAAUACGAGAAAGUCGCACGAUAAUUUCGCAUAAAACUGCUAAUUUUGCAGGACCAAGAUGUUUUAAAUAAAUGUAAAAAGUGGACUGUCUGGGUGAUCAACUUUUCAAAAUGUACGAGAAUAACAAAUAUUAGAAUUGGUGCAUCUGAUUGCAAAGUAGUAAAAUUCACUAAAGUAUUAUAGCAUUAAAUCUAAGCUAAGUAACCGUGUUUGGGUAUAUUUAAAAGUUCUGUCCUUUUACAUGAAUAGUACACACGGUACAGCCUGUCUAAAAUGCGGUUAAGUGAAUUAUAAUAAUGAUAGGCUAUAUAAUACAGCGUCUAGUAACAUUUUAUUCAGUCAUUUUUAUAUGAGCGAAUUGAACGAAAUUACUUGAGUAAAUUAAAUUCGCGAGUCUUCAUAUUUGUUGAUGCGUAACUCACCAAAAGUUAUUACCCAAAUAAACCUUAAUUUCAAGAUGAAAGAACCAGAACUACUCUAAUCAUCGAUUUAUGUAGCUUUUAAAUAACACGGAGCGUCUCGUUACUAUUUUGAGAAAUAAGAAUUGCAGAUUCAGUUUUCGAGAUCAGUGAACCUUCGUUUUGUCCGAUGAUAUUAUUUCGAAAGACCAAAAAAAAAAAAAAACACCAAGCACCGAUGAAGGGUGAUGAAGCGGCUACGUUAAGCGGACGCACGGCGGUCCUCCUCCUUGUGCGGCAUCUCCGUGUUUCCCGCAAGUCCCGGCGGCUUUCUGGAUGCGGCUACGUGACGUAGUCGAUACAGAUAGAUCAACAUGCACAGAUGGAUUGAUAGACAGAUGUUGGGGCGGAACUACGACAUAUCUCUACAUUUUUUGCGCCGUGCAAAAUUCGUCCAGAAUAAAUGAUCGGACUGGAAUCGGCUGGGACUCUAACGGGACCGCUGCUUCACAGCAAGAGCUCUGGGAACCAGGAGCGCUGAUACGGGGAUACAAUAAAAAGGUGUUCAUGCUGGAAGUGUUUGUUUUUCAUUUUAUUUUUUUUCGUCAAAUAUCCAUCGUUGUCAGACUGGCGAUCUUUUUCCCAUGGACGCGGUGGGAUUGAGCCAAAGUCGGCUGCCCUGACUGCCCUUCGGACGCGGUCCUCCGGCGACGCGCUAUGAGUUGGGGAAAUUUUCGCGUCGCAGCUACGCAGGGACUUUUCCUCAUUUUUUGCUCAUUUUAACGUUUUACCCUUUAAACGUUCAUUUUACAAAAGGGAUACACCGAGCUUUGCCGCUGUGUUGAAAAGACUUCAACAGACUUCAGGACUUAUCUCAUAAAUUAUCCCACAAGAAAAGGAAUCCAAUAUUUUCAGGGGAUAAAAAAAAAAAUCCAAGCAACACUCAGAAAAACAUCGUUUAUUUUUUUUUCUCGGCUGGUCGAAAAUUUAUUUUGGUUCCUGCAUGAAAAGACUAGAGGAAAGUCACCAGAAGCAGUAUGCCGAGGCGGAAGCAACAAGAACCGAGGCGCUCUGCAGCUUAUGUGCCUGAAGAUGAACUAAAGGCUGCCUCAAUCGACGAGGAGCACCUGCACGAUGAUGGCCUGUCCCUGGACGGCCAGGACGGUGAGCUGGUGUGCAAUGAGGAGGAAGAAGGCAAAGAGCCUCCCAGCUUCCAGAACUCGCCGCUCAGCACCACCACCAAUGCCGACGCGGGGUACGGCUCCCCGCUCAGCGACGCCAGCGACGGACUGCUGGACCUUCGGGGCGUCUUGUUGAAGGAUGUCCGAGAAAAGGGGGAGGCCCGUCCGGCGGCCAAUGGCCUGUCCCUGCAGGACAGCCUGGCGCAGAUGAAAGCAGUCUAUGCAAGCCUGAUCUCCGAUUCCUCCUGGACCAGCAUUGGCGCGGACGUCGUUAAAGCCAAGUUGGCUGGCAGCGGCACCGGCGUUAAUGGCGGGGGCCACAACAAGAGGGGGGGCGCCGCAAGUGGCCAUAUCAGCAGCAGCAAUAGCAAUGGUGGCAGCAGUACCGGAGUCGGGGCUUCAGCCACCACAAACACAACCACAAUCACCUCCACCACCACAGCGGCACACCCCGUUAACAAUACAAGCACUAACAGCGUCACCAGCAACGGGGCGGGCGUGACGUACGACUGGCAUCAGGCUGCCCUGGCGAAGACGCUGCAGCAGGCUCCCUACCACCUGCUCCCCGAGCCCAGCCUCUUCAGCACCGUGCAGCUGUACCGGCAGAAUAACAAGCUCUAUGGGUCCGUGUUCACUGGCGCCAGCAAGUUCCGGUGUAAGGACUGCAGUGCCGCGUAUGACACGCUGGUGGACCUCACCGUUCACAUGAACGAGACGGGUCACUACCGGGAUGACAACAAGGAUAAAGAGGAGGAGCAGGGCAAGCGGUGGUCCAAGCCCAGGAAGCGUUCUCUGAUGGAGAUGGAGGGCAAGGAGGAUGCACAGAAGGUGCUCAAGUGUAUGUACUGCGGGCAUUCGUUUGAGUCACUGCAAGACCUGAGCGUCCACAUGAUCAAAACGAAACACUACCAGAAAGUGCCUCUCAAAGAGCCCGUUCCAGCCCUAGCCACCAAGCUGGUCCCCUCUACAAAAAAACGGGCGGCAAUUCAGGACUUGGUCUCACCAUGUUCCCCAGAGUCUAUUAGUAGCACACCCAUCAGUGAGACGGGGAAAGACUCCAAAGCAGCUAACCCCUAUGUCACACCCAACAACCGCUACGGCUAUCAAAAUGGGGCCAGCUACACCUGGCAGUUUGAAGCACGCAAGGCCCAGAUCCUGAAAUGCAUGGAGUGUGGGAGCUCCCACGACACCCUGCAGCAACUCACCGCCCACAUGAUGGUCACUGGCCACUUUCUCAAGGUCACCAACUCGGCUUCCAAGAAGGGCAAGCAGCUGGUGUUCGAUCCGGUGGUGGAGGAGAAAAUCCAGUCCAUCCCGCUGCCACCCACCAUUUCAAGGUUACCGACGCCCGGCAUUAAGUCACAGCCCAAGUCUCCGAGUCACUCCUCCGGCCCAGAGGAGAAGAGGGAGCAGGAGGAGGAAAGGAUGGAUGUAAGUGAGCUGGAAAAGAAGAUCAAAGUAGAGAAGGAGGAGGCCGGAGAGAAGACUGACGCAAAUGCACCGUAUAAGUACCUCAGAGAGGAAGACCUGGAGGAGACUCCUAAAGGUGGGCUGGACAUCCUCAAGUCUUUGGAAAACACAGUGUCUAGUGCAAUCAGCAAGGCCCAGACUGGAACCCCAACUUGGGGAGGAUAUCCCAGCAUUCAUGCUGCCUAUCAGAUCCAGAGCUCGAUGAAGUCGUCCUUGUCCUCAGUGCAGAGUGUCCAGGUCCAGUCGACAUUCAACAGCCACCCGAAAGCACUGCUGUCUGACUCUGUGCCAAUCGUCCACUCUCCGCGAAGCCCAUCCCUGUCCCCUCUCCACCGAAACAACGUCUCUGCCAUGGAGGAACUGGUGGAGAAAGUCAUGGGGAAAACGGUUGUGAAGAAGGAGAAGGAGGAAGAGAAAAGUGCUGAUAAAUUCAAGUCCCUCCUUGUGAAAGCACCUUCUCCUGAGCUGAAGGCAUACAGGGAUGCCCCUACCCCUGAUGACAUCAGCAGCAAGCCCAGGGUGAAGAACGGUAGUGCAGGUGUAGAGAUGGUAUCCCUCUGCAAGCGGGAGCCCAGGGAGAGCCUUGUGGAUUUCCGGGUAAAGAAUGGCACAGAGGGUCACAGAUCACCCCUUAGCAAUGGCUGCAGCAGCUUGGGGAUAAUCACCGAUCAUUCACCUGAGCAGCCUUUUGUUAACCCGCUGAGUGCUUUGCAAUCAAUAAUGAAUGCCCACCUGGGCAAGCCCUCAAAGCCUGCCAGCCCCGCCUUGGACCCUCUGGCUAUGCUGUACAAGAUCAGCAACAGUAUGAUGGAGAAGCCCACCUACAAGCCAACUCAGGUUAAGCCGGCUGAGUCCAUGAAUCCGUACUGCUAUGAAGAUGAUGACCAGCCCAUGGACUUGACCAAAUCCAAAAACAGUAAUGGCAGCCGCGCUGCUCCAGUCAAUAACAGCAGCCAUAAUGGGAACGGCAGUCGACCUGCUCGCGCGAGCUUGCCGGAAACCAUCCCAUCCCCACUGCGGGAGAAUGCGCUGAUGGACAUUUCAGAUAUGGUGAAAAACCUCUCGGGCAGGCUGACACCCAAGUCCUCUACCCCGUCCUCCAUGUCGGAGAAGUCAGACGCCGAUGGCAGCACCUUCGAGGAUCCACUGGAGGACAUGUCCCCCAUUCAGAAGCGAAAAGGGCGCCAGUCAAACUGGAAUCCCCAACACCUCCUCAUCCUCCAGGCCCAGUUUGCCUCCAGCCUUCGAGAGACGCCUGAGGGGAAGUAUGUAAUGACUGACCUCAGCCCCCAGGAGCGGGUGCACAUCUGCAAGUUCACGGGCCUCUCCAUGACCACAAUUUCUCACUGGCUAGCCAACGUCAAGUACCAGCUAAGGCGGACAGGCGGGACCAAGUUUCUGAAGAACAUAGACUCAGGGCAGCCAGUGUUCUUAUGCAGCGACUGCUCCUCUCAGUUCAGGACUCCCUCGACCUACAUCGGCCAUUUGGAGUCACAUCUGGGCUUCAGCUUAAAGGACCUCUCAAAGCUGUCCAUAGACCACAUCAGGGAGCAGCAGGCUAUGGCGAAGGCGAUCGCUGACAAUGCCUUCGGCUCCUUGGCCCUGUCGGAGGAUGACUCGCUUUACCAGUGCAAGCUGUGCACUCGGACCUUCGUCAGCAAGCACGCGGUAAAGUUGCACCUGAGCAAAACGCAUGGCAAGUCCCCCGAGGACCACUUGGUGUUCGUCACGGAGUUAGAGAAGCUGGACACACCUUAAAGCCCAAGGGAGCAGCUGUUUAGUCUGACCAGAGAAUUUUGUUUGCACUAAAUUUGAUCACCCUACUGCACUGGGCAUGAAAUGAGCCUUCAAGUUGGUCUUUCUUGUGUUGUUAGGCAGUUUAACUGGACCAUGACUUUAUUGCUUUUUUUUUUUUUUUAACCUUGUUUGUGCAUGUCAUAUAGUGAUUCAAGCUUAUAUACUAGUUUUCAUUUAUGCGAAAACAAAGAAACAAGAUACUACUGUUUUUUUUUAUUAUUAUUAUUUUGUAAAGCAGUGGCCGAAAACAAAAAUUGAGAACUGUGUAAAAAACUAAUUUAAACGAAGAUGCUAAUGAGAAUUAUGUACACCAAACAGAGGGCUACUGCCCACAUGAAGACGGAAGUAGCACCUUAAAACAUAAAAGCUUAUUUUGUGAAGAAAGCCCCAGGUUUGGUUUUAUUUGAAUAGCUAAAAAUUGGACUGAUUUGAAUGAUGUCUUAACCUCUAUUGUUUCCUAAAACGAUUUACUGGCAUUUACAGUUCUAAAGUUGACAGCUCUGAAAGGAUCUGUAAAUUCUCGAUAAGCACUGAAGAUGAGUAAGAUCAAACCCUUUUUAAGUGUACCGACAAGAGGUAAUAUUCAGUUGCUGCUUUUAGACUUGUAAACCAACUGAAAAUAAUGUAUGCAAUUUUUUAUUUACAUGUCGUAUUUUCCAUUGUAAAGUAUCACUUUUUAGUAAUUUCCAAAUAUAUGGUUUGUUACAAGUUUAUUUCUAUAGUGCGGCACUUCUAUUUCAAACCAUGUAAAAACAUGGACGUCUGUCACGUGUAAAUGCUUAGCAACAUUGUGUAAAACUACGUAUGACAUAUCUUGCGAAAUGCAACGGCUUACGAUUAUUUGUACUUUAAGACCUAUGUGCAUUCUUUAACUUUUAUAUUGUCCUUUUAUAUAUAUUAAAAUAAAAACAAAACAAAUUAUGUAUAUAAAUAUAUACUGUAGAGCCACAAAAAAUGUUUUGUUUUUUUUAAUAAAAUGUAUCUCCUACAGCUUGGUUUACAGAAGUAAUUUUAACUAUUCUUGCAUCCGUUUUGAUGCAUGAUAUUGUGUGAAAAUAAAGGCAAUGCGAAAUGCAUAUACAUUUCAAUGUUUUAUUACUGUAAAAAUUGGCUCGCACCAAUAAACGUUAUGUUUCGUUUUGUUUUUUCCUAAUUGUAAAAUAAACCGUAAAACAGCUCUGA